GCAGGCAGUGGAGAGGCACCGUGCGGAGUUGGCCGAGGAGUUGGAGGAGGUGAGGCAGCCAUUUUGGAUGACUGGCGCCACCAUCCUCUCAGACGGGAGGAAAUCACAAGACGGGAGACCGAUCGUUAAUUUCCUCGCCGCAGGGUCUCGAGGGGUCGUCACGUACACGACGAUCAAUGGAGAGGGGGAGCCGGACGAUGCUGUGCACGUCCCUCGGAGAUGGGUAACCAUUUUCCACGAGUUCAGGUUCGGCAGGCCGCAGCGGGUCAAUGCGAUAUGCACUGACUCCGCGUCAGCGUACGUUGGGGCUACCAAGGCUCUGACCUUGGAGACCAUGCUUGCAGCAUUGAGGAGGAUCACUUGGCUCCCAUGCUUGGUCCAUGUCUGCAACAAAUUGUUGUCAGACAUGGGGACGUGUUGCGACGCGUUUGUUGAUACUAUCACACACGCUCGUGUGCUGGUGGUGUUUUUCAAAACCCAUCAGGCGGCCCUUCAUUUUUUUAGGAAGCGCAGCCCCAACCUCGGUCUUGUUCUAUCAUGCGAGACGCGGUUUGCGUCUGUGUACUCCAUGUUGGAGAGGCUCAUGGCCCUGCAGGACACUUUGCACAUGAUGCGAGGGGAUGACGAGCGGGUUUUUGCCUUCAUCCCGUGGUCUGCCGAUGUUUGCUACAUGGCGCGUUGGGUGCGUCGACAGAUCAGAUGGGAUCCUUGGUGGCAGAGGGUGGCCACCAUCGUCCAUAUCAUGGAGCCCGUGAUGCAGUUGCUCCGACGGAUGGAUCGUGGAGGGCAGUUCAUGUCGCUCGUGCUCGAGUGGGCACAGGAUCUUGUGCAGCGGGUGAAGGAGGCAUGCGCUCCUUUGGGGUCCUCGAUCCUAGACCGGAUCAUCAGGCGUGUGCAGGCACGCUCGCAGCACAUGCUAGAGCUGGCCCACUGCGCUGGGUUCUUACUGAACCCCCGCAGGCGACAUGUUCGAUAUUUUUCCGGCGAGGUGCAGGAGUCCUAUGCUUGGCUUGUGAGACAAGUCAAGAGGUACAUUCUGACGCAGACGGGUUUCGAGUUGGAGGGUGCGGAGCACCUCCUUGCCUGCCGGCAGUUCGAGGACUUCCACAUGCAGCAGGGUAGGUUUGGUGAUUGGGGCGGGGCGGAAGGGCGUGCUCAUGGGCGCGCGUGUAGCGGUGACGCCGAGAUGAUCGAGUGCGCGUCUUGGUGGUCCCAGUACGGGGCUGGCGCCCCUGAGUUGCAGCGGUGCGCUCUUCGUGUGAUGCACAUGUGGUCUUGCGCCUCUCCAGCGGAGAGGAACUGGGCAGUCCACGAGGGCAUCCACACGAAGAAGCGUAACAGGUUGGCCUUUGAGAAGGUCGUGCAGCUCAUUGAGAUCACCGCAAAUAUGCGGUUGACAGAGUAUCGGCGGGCAGGAUGCAGUUACGUGCUGCCAUGGCAGCGUGACGAGGGGAUGUUGGACUGCCAGGCAGGACUGGAGGUUGAGCCGGUGCGCACGGGCACGCGCCAGGGGAUGACAGCGGCGGAGAUUGCAGAGAAGGUUGCGCUUAUUACACGCGAUCCCAUCGGGUCUUCCGCACCGCCAUCCACUAAUGUCGUUUUUGAGAGACGUGCUUGCAUUUUCCGUCCAUACCCCAGGGACGAUGACUCGAAUGAGGAGCCCGCACCCGAGGGAGUAGAUGACCCUGCGCUGCCCAUCCCGAGCGAGAUCGACGAGACGCAUGAGGAGGCCAAUGAUGCCGAGGUGAGGACAUACACGGCACGGCGGGCAGCGGACCGGGCAGAGGAGGAGAUGCAGAGGGGGGACGAGGAUUUAUUGGGCCCUUUCGGGGAGGUGGCUUCCACGGGUGAUGCGGGUGCUGACAGAGGCGGGGCCUCUCAUGCCGACACGAGCCGCGUACAGGCGGGGAGACCGACUCCUGCUCCUGCCGGGCAAGAGCCAGCCGUUCAGCCACCUCCUGCGCCGAGUCCUGCACCGCCCAUCCCCGAGGAGGGGGAUGUGGCAGCAGCAGCGCAGGAGGCAUUAGCAGUGUCGACAGCGAGGGAGGAGGUGCCAGCACAGGCAACGGCUGAGGAGGAGGUAGCGGCAGCGACGCCGCAGGAGGCCGUUCCUAUGGAUCAUGACAGUGCAGACACCGAUCAGCAACUUGUGUGGCGCUUCAUCACGGAGGAGGUCGAUCCAGUCGUGGGGGGUCGGGUGCCGUCACGGGAUGACGCAGCAGACGCUACGGGGACGCAGACCCCGAUAGAGAGGACGCAAGCGGAGUCUCCAGAUACAGCACGCGACAUCAUAGAGCGAGAGAGGGCUCGACUUAUGGCAUCGAGUAACCCGCGUGCUCAGGCGUUCGCACGGGCCUUGGAGGAGGCCAGGCGUCGAAAGACAGGGGGGGAUGGUGUGCAGGGUGGGGUGGUGGCUGGGGAGGACGUUAUGGAGGGAGUAGCGGCAGAGGCGGACGAUGAGGCUAUACAGGGUGGGUUACAGGCAGUGGAUGUUCCUGUGGAUCGCCAGCCACAAGCGGCGAAUGAGGCUGUGCAGGCAGGACAGCGGCGAGAUGAGGGGGCUAUAGAUGCACGGCCCGUGGUUCAGGAGACAACGAUGGGAGCAGACUCCAAGCGUGGAGUGCCUCCUCGUCCACGCCCUGUGGCUGCAGAGGGAGGCGCUCCGCUUGGAGAGAGUUCGGGGGCGGAGGGGUUGGGGAUGCCUCCUGGAUCCCGCCGUGCGCAGACGGUUGCAGAGGCUAGUGCGAGGGUUGUUUUAUUGAGGAAGGGAGGAGGCCCUGUCACCAUCGAGGAGGAUGAUCCUGAGACGGAUGCGGCAGUGCGGGAGGAGGACAAGGACUAUGAGGGCGAGGAGGAGGGUGAGGAGGAGAGCGAGAGCGGUUCCGGCAGUGACGACGACUACGGCGACGAUGGGCCCCCACCUCCCCCGCCGACGCGUGCAUCUAGACGCUCUGCUGCGCAGACUUCUUCAUCCGCACGAGGGAGGAGGAGGUCGCCAUCUGGCUCUCGAGGGGGUGUGAGGAGACGGAGCGGGAAGGGGAAGAAGGGUCGUUGACCGUGAGGCCAACACUCUGUUUUUUCCCUACUCGCACUGUACUUCAUCAUGUUGUGAGGUCCUGUUUUUUUUUGUCGUGUCGUCUUUGUCUUCGUAUUGUUAGACACUCAGUAUUAGUGUGUGUGUUGUAGUUGUUGUUUCUUUCGUUUUUGGUGUGUAUGAUUUUGGUACCAGUAGGGUGAUCGUAGGGUAACGUUGGUUGCAGCAGACUAAGUACAGUACAGAAUCUCGGCAGCUACAACAC